AGAUUGCCCUUUCCCCUUUAUUUUUGGCCACGGGGAGGUGUGGCAAAGCUGCCUUAGGCCACAAAAGGUGAAGCCACCACGUGGGAUGCGUUAUGGUGUUGCCAGUCUGACGGCUGCACAUUUUGUGGUGUGAGACUGGGGGAGGGGAACAGGAGAGGGCCGCUGGAAAUCGAGGAGGGAUAAGAGCCCGAGGAAGCAACAGCAAAAGAGGAAGAAAAGCACCGGAGAAGCUUCUUCCCCCCCCCCUCCCGCGUACCCAUCUCCUGCAAGCACCUCCCCAAAACAGCCACUUCCAUGGUCUACAGCUGCUAACGAUGGAUUUUCUUUGUCAAGCAAACUGGGAAGUGAUCUAGAUUUGGCCAUGCAUUGAUAUUUCCUGCUAAAUGCUCACUCCUUCCAGACUGUGUCAUGGACUCCAUGUUUGAGGAUGACAUCAGCAUCCUUACCCAAGAUGCCUUGGUGCAGGAUGAUGAAUGGUUGGACAGUCCGAACACUGACCUCUCCAGUGAGAUGUGUUCUGCCUCUCACUUUGCUUUCAUCACAGCAUAUGAUGACAUCAAGAAUCGCUUGACAGGGCUAGAGAGGGAGAACACUAACCUCAAACGGAAGCUAAAGAUGUAUGAGAUCAAGUUUCCAUUGAUCAGUGACUUUGGAGAAGAACGUCUGUUCCCAGCUUAUGAAUCCAAGGAGACUUCUCUUCUGAAGAGCGAGAAAGCCAACCUCCAGCAGCAGUUGAAUCAGUUCCAGCGUGAGCUGCAAAAAAGCAAGGAAAGGGAAGAACAGAUGGAGGAGAUGAUCCAAGCCUAUGAGAAGCUGUGUAUGGAAAAAACGGACCUUGAGUCAGAGCUGGGCCAAAUGAGAGCACUUGUUGAUACACACCUGAAUCGCAUUCGGAGCCUGGAGCAGCAGUUAAGGCAGAGAGAUGGCAACACUUUCCAGAAUCUCAACUCUCAACUUCAAAAUCAAGAAGUUCAGUUCCGAUCACUUCAUGGCACUCAUGUACUGGACCGCUCAAUGAACUGGCCGAGCUCACGGAGCCUGGAACAGGCAGAAGCUUUGGAGGUCCAAAGGUUGGAAGUAGAGCUUGAGAAGUCAAGGCAGGAAAUCCAGAAUUGUCAGCACCGGGAAGAGCAGUUGAAGAAUGAAUGUGAAAGGCUGCAGGCAGAGGUGAAGCAGCUGCAGGAGACCAGGGCUCAGGAUCUCGCAGCUAGUCAGUCGCAAAGGGAUAUGGCAUGGGUGAAGAAGGUUGGAGAUGACCAAGUAAACUUAGCCCUGGCCUACACAGAACUCACCGAAGAGCUAUGCCGCCUAAGAAACCUAACUUCUCUUCAAAGUCAGAUUCUCCGGACUCUUAUGCAGGAACAGGUCAUGAAUGGUGAGCGGCAUUCUCCCCAUUCCCAGCGCCAUUCUCCUGCCCAGCAACGUGGUUCUCCAGCUCCUCAAUGUACGUCUCCAGCUCAACAAGGGAGGCCUUCUGCUCCUCCUAGCCAAUCUCCAGCCCUACAAAGGCGUUCCCCAGGCCCACCUGGUCAAUCCCCUGCACAUCAACGUCGUUCCCCAGCCCCCCCUCCUUGCCAGUCUCCUGUUAGCCAGCGGCGUUCACCAGCUCCACCUCCCAACCAGUCUCCUGCCCAGCAGCGCUGCUCACCAGUCCAAAAUUGUUCAUCACCUGCCAUGACUUCACAACAUAGAUCUCCAGGGGCUGACAGAAACAUUAUGGAUCUGGGAUAUUCUAAGCCCUCCAGUCACCAUAUCAAAGCAAGCUUCCAAGGUCGUCGAAGCUACUCGGAGGUGAGCGACGCUGCUCUGUAUCAACAGAACCGUUCUCUCUGGCUGCAGCCAGAAAUAUCCACCUUACCAAAGCAUCGUCCCUACUGCGAGGUUUAUGCCAGAGACAACUUCGAAGAGCACUUGCGCUUUGAGAAGCAGUCCUCGGAUGAAGACGACUGGGCCCUCCCAAGCCCCCCCAGCCCUGAAGUAGGGGGUAUCCGCUGCGCCUCCUUCUGUGCAGGGUUCCCCAUUCCCGACACCUCCAUGCACCGGAUUGAUGCAUCGUACUCCAGGGCUGAGCAUGCUCAGUCCUGGCCCUCAAUCAAUUUGCUGAUGGAAACAGUAGACUCUGACAUCCGAAGCUGCCCUCUCUGCCAGGUGGCCUUUCCCAUCGGUUAUCCAGAUGAUGCUUUGAUAAAACACAUUGAUUCACACCUGGAGAACAGUAAGAUCUGAGGUCUGUUCCACCGUCUUUCCUCUUCUGGCUUCCUUAAAGAGAUUGCCCACCUCAUACCCACCCCACCUUUCCUGGAUGCUGCAUGAAAAGUGGAGGCACCACAAGGGGCUCUUUUCUCUCUAAAAUACCUCCAAGUUUCCAUUAGACUGAAGCGUGAAUAUUUUUGCCUCUCCCUUGUCUUCUUCUUUGCCUUGGUUUUUAAAGUGGGUUGCCUCUCCUUACUGCUCUUUAUGGGCAGGACCUGCAAUAUUUCUCCAGUGCUUCAACCAGCCACAAAGGUGGGGAAAGGAAUGAUAAAUAUGCUGGAGUUAGGCUUAGCAGGGCACAGUCACCUUCACCGCCUGAUUGUUCAGUACUGAGGUUGCUUCUGGUGAUGGUGAGACUCUUAUUUACAUGGUUCAGUUUUGAUGUCUCUGAAAGAUCUCAGGGUUGGAUGGGUAAGAAAAUAACCCAGGUUUGCGUGUUUUGGGGUGGGAUAGGAGAACAGGUUAAUGAACUCCAACCCACUGAGGGCACAACAAAUCACAAAGUUUUUGUUUGUGCCUGUUUUACACAGGGAUAUCCAAGUGGGUCAGAUUUCUCUGCCUCUUAUGCUACUACAAAGGGUAUUUGGGGUUGGUCGUUUAACAGAUGUAAAAAGCCUUGGCCUCCAAUUGCUGGUACAAGUGUCUUUGUGUUGGUCUUUUACAUUAAAAGUCCACUUUUAGCAAUGCUGCUGAGAAAUAGAGCCAACUUCCAAAAGUGUAGCAUGGACGUUCUUAUGUUAUUGCACUGAAUAAUAAGCUUUUUUUCCCACAAAAGAAGCUCCUCUUUUUGUCUGUGUUGGCUUCUUGUGAGUUGUUCUGGAGGACUUGUAAACUGCACACUUAGGUAGAAGCCGAGAAAGCAUUCCCAUACUUUGGCGACUGUUUUACACACUUUUCACCACUUCACAUCUUGCUUUAGAUAGCUCUUAUAUAAUAACUGUAGCUGCACAUUUUGCCUCAUUAUUCUCUUGCAAUGGCAGCAUGUUGACAUUAUUGGGGUAACAGUGUAAAUGUAAACAUAUUUCCAUAUUUGACACCACUGUAUUUCUUUCAUUCUCUCUCUCUCUCUUUCUCUCUCUCUCCCUCCCUCUUUCUCUCUUCUUACUCUCUCUUUCUCUCUUCUUACUGAAACUAUAUUUUAUUAUACUGCUCUAAGAUAAGGGUCAUGUACAGAUGUAUGGUACCUUUGUGUUCUAGGGAUGGUCUCCUUGGAACAACCUAUCUGUACAUCAGGAUUUAUUUUUCAAAAAACAAGUGGAGAGGGGGAGAAGGGGUUGCAUGGAUUUUCUUCUUCUUGAGGCAACUGUCUUCCUAUCUCCAGGUUCUAUUAACAAAUGUAUGUGUUAAGAUCUACAGCCUGCCUUAUCCCAAGGUCUCGGACUGCCAAUGGGCAAUAGGCAUGAGUCCUUGGGGCUUAUAAUCUAUUUUUUUCCUGCAAACUAAGAAGAAAUUUGAAUUUUAGAGGUAAAUAACAGAAUAGAAACUUCUUUCAAAUGUCAUUUCUCUAGCUCCACCUUUUUGGCCACAUAAAGCCAGGUGGAAUCAGUGUUUCUAAGACUUAAAGCAACUUCUCCCAGGCAGAGGGCUCCAUCUCUGCCGAAAUUUCAUUCUGAUGAUCCUAAUGCCCAUGAUGCUGAGAAAUAACUAAUCCAGUGCAUCUGGGGGAGGCACUGGGUUAAGGGAGACUAACAAUAAUCUCAACAUUUUUUCUUUUCCAUCU